AUGUCUGAGAAGAAUAACAGAGCAGCUUGGCUCACUGGGCCUAAGAUCCACCCAUUCAAAAUCGACGACGCUCCUUUUCCGCAGGCUAGACCUGGGGAGGUGGUUAUAAAGAAUGUCGCGACUGCUCUGAACCCCGCUGAGUGGAAAAUCCAAGACUACGGUGUAAUUGUGCAGAAGUAUCCCACGAUAUUGGGAGCAGAUGCAGCUGGAUACAUCGAGGAGGUCGGUGAAGGCGUAACUCAUCUCGAGAAGGGACAGCGCGUGAUCGGAUACUGCACUGGAUUAGGCCUUCAGAAUCCUGAGUUCGCGACAUUUCAGCUUUACAGUAAAGCCAGCGCGAAUCUGGUAUCGGCCAUACCCGACGAUAUAAGCUUCGAGAGGGCAUCGGUACUUCCUCUAGCCAUCGCAACGGCUUCGGUGGGUUUGUAUAAGAAGAAGUAUCUGGGGCUCCCCUUACCCAGCUUGAAGCCGACGCCAUCUGGAAAGACACUCCUGGUCUGGGGUGGCGCGUCUUCGGUCGGAGGCACUGCCGUGCAGCUUGCCGCCGCGUCCGGGCUGAGAGUCAUCUCGACGGCUUCAAGGGUCAACUUUGACAAGGUCAAGGCGUUGGGCGCCGACACGGUUCUCGACUACCACUCGGAAAAUGUCGUGGCCGAUGCGGUUGCUGUGCUUGCGGGUACGGAAGUCGCCGGAGUGUACGAUGCCAUAUCGUCUCCGGAGUCCCUCAAGCCGAUCGGUGCCAUCUUGGACAAGCUUGGUCCGCAUAAAGUGAUAACAGUGCUCCCGAGCGAGGGCGACUAUGGGAAGAAUGCUUUGAUGUCUUUCGAGACUGCCUUUCAGAUCACCGAGGACCCUGAAGAAGUCGGUGAUCCUAUUUGGAGAGACUUCGUGCCCGCAGCUCUGAAAAGUGGCCAGUUGCAGCCGAAGCCGGACGCUGAGGUGGUCGGUAAGGGGUUGGAAUCGAUCCAGGCUGGUCUUGAGAGGCUCAAGAAGGGGGUGUCAGCGACGAAGCUGGUGAUUCAGUAUUAG